ACCGCCACCGCACAUGACCGUCUCGACGCGGCUACGGCGACAGUCGGCGGCGGAAACGGCAUCCGGCAACACCUGCAUCAUCACUCUCCGGCCCAGAAGCAGUCGUCUCGCCGCAGUGAUCCUCACGACCCCGUCGAUUCCGCCGCACCCGCACACGAUCGUAUAAUAAUUAUGAAAUUGCCUGUGCAGGUAGAGUAAUAUUUUCUACUCGUCUAUCGUAUAUCGUACUAUUAUUGUAGUUAACUCCACUGAAAAUCGUGUGUCACGUCGCCGCAUAGUAAUAAUAUAUCGGCCGUAUCGUAUAUUGUUAUCCUUAAACGCUGUUCGGGUGAUACGUCAAGACAGAGCUGACCUGACCGCAGCAUCGGCCACCACGAGUAUUAUUACUAUUAUUGUAGUAUUUCGCACACCGUGACGUCCUCGGCCUGCAGGAUUACAGCGGAGGCGGUGGACGUCUUAGCCACGGCACACACAUCGCGUCCGUGGGUUGCGUACCUAUAACCGAUAAACGCUUGUCAAUUAUCGAGAUUUUCACGAGCACAACAGCAAUAAUAUAACAAUUCAAAAAUAAAAUAUAUAUUAUUCUAUAAUUUUCAAUCGUUCGUCGCAUACGCAUCGUAGCCGGAAGAUGAUGCACGCCAAUCGGCAGUGGCCAUUCCAGCGAUCCGGCAGCAACGGAAAUGGCAUCGUGUACGGUGUCGACUACAACCAUGACGACGGAGGAGGCGCAGAUGACGACGACGACGCCGCCGCUGAGGAGUUUGGCGACUUCGGUGGCGAUCCGACCGCAUCCGGCAGACGGUACUUGACUGUACAGCCAAAACAGUGGUGCACGUCGUACGUGGCUGCCAACCGUCAACACUAUAUACAUUCUACUGCAGAUUCAGCGGUAAACCACAACGGCGGAAUUGGACUAGAGAACGAUGUCUACGGUGGCAGAUCAACAGCUGAUUACUUCCGUUCGAAAACAAUGCCCAGGAGGACCGGAACGGCAACCGUGAUGGACGACUACGACUACGGUAACGGUAACGACGGCGAAGGGAACGCCACGGCAGUCGGCGGCGGUGGCCACCGACAGUGGCCCGCGUCGUCGGCGGACAUCGUCGAGUACGAUUCGUCCGCGGUCGCCGACUCGCCGACGCCGCAGCAACAGCAACAAUUUCUACUACCUCAGCCGCAGCAACACCAUCACCACCUGCAGCAGCAACAGACCAACGCGUUCCCGCAGAAACCCGGCGCCUCGGUGUCUGCGUACGAACCGAACUCAGCCGCCGGCCGCCGUGCCGCCCAAGCCGACCACAACUUAUCGGCCGGCGGCGGGCACAAGUCCACGGCCAAGUGGAAGACCCGUGCACUGUACGUGUUUCUCGCUUGCCUGCUGGCAGUCGUCAUCGUCAACCUUACGCUCACGCUCUGGUUCAUCCGGGUCACGCAGUUCACGUCGGAGGGCAUGGGAUCUAUGAAGAUCACACAUGGCGGUCUCCGGUUGUCCGGCCGGACAUUGGUCACCAAUCGGCUGGUGGCAUCGGCGAUACGCUCUCGGCCCGGACGUCCGCUUCUCAUCGAGUCCACUGCUAACGUCACGCUGACUGCUCGCAAUUCCCAGGGACGCCUGGUGAACAGUCUCAAAUUGACUAAAGAUGGUUUGGAGUGCGCACAAGCGAGCGUGUUCAAAGUGACCGAUACACGCGGCGAGACGCUGUUCUCGGCAGACCGGAGUAAAGUGAUAGUCGGUGCCCAAGAACUUCGAGUCACGGGUUCCGGUGGUGCCGUUUUUCAAGGCAGUGUCCAAACGCCGAUGGUUCGAGCCGAUUCUCGACACGACUUGAGGUUGGAGUCAGCGUCCAGGAGACUAGAGCUGAGUGGUCCCCAAGGAGUGACUAUCGAGUCCAGGGCCGGUGACAUAACCGUAUCGUGUCUGAUGGACGUCAAGUUGCAGUCGAUAGCAGGAGCGAUACAAAUCGACGCGGCCAAGGUGUUCCUCAAGGGUCUGAAGACGGUCAAGACUACGUCUUCGGCCAACACGGCAGCGGCGACUCCGGACGGGGACGAUGGCGGCGGCGGUAAGUCGACCGGCCAGUAUAAUUCCAUCGUCGGCGCGAAAAAGAGGGGCGCCGAGGACAAGUUGCCCAGCGUGUACCAGCUGUGCGUGUGCGGUAACGGCAAGGUGUUCAUGUCGCCACCGGACGGUCAGUGCGCCGCCGACAACGAGAGCCUGGUGUGCCGGUGAACGGCCGGUACGUACCGCGGAUACCAAUACCACGGUCGCGGUUUCGGUCCGAGUCGUACGCGACAGGCAAGUCGUCAACCGCACUCAUCACAAUAUUAUUAUCAUACGCGUAAUCUUAUUAUUAUUAUUAUAUUAUAAAUAGUAGGUAUUAUUAUACGUCAUUAUUAAGUUUUUAUUCCAAUAUAUUCUAUUGAUGCGAUUCCCGCGUCCGUUCGUAUAUAUAAAAUAUAAUAAUUACGUCGUUAUUAAGUGUAGAACAAUAUUGUUAUAGUUUCCAUCUGUUUCGUAUUUUUUAACCAUUAAUGAUGAUAUUUUGUUUGUGUUUUUUCCCACUCGAACGUACCUCUUAUAAUAAUAUUAUCGUAUUAUAAUACAAUAUGAUAUUAUAUACAUCCAAAUAUUACGCGCGUAGGAUAGUAAAAUGACAAAAAUAUAUAUUAUUCGAUCGAAUUCGAUGUAUUUUAUAAUGUUAUAGAAACGUUAUAGUGAAUGGGAGUUUGUAUGGAAUCCAGUCAAGACCUAUAGGUCUUUGUCGUCGAUUGAUUAUUCAUGUUAUGUUAUAAAAUAAUUGUCUACUACGCAACUUUUGCAAAAGCUAUGCUAUAUUAUACGCUUUUAUGUAUUAUAUAGAUCUAACAAUUAUAUAUUUAAUUUUAAUUUUUUUUUUUCUUUUUCUUUUUUUCAAGACGACAGAAGACAUAUUAUUUAUAUAACACUAAAUAGUUCGUCAAAAAACAAAGCGUAAAAAGUAGCUUAAUAGGUCUAUUUCUAUGUUGAUCAUACUAUUAUUACAACAGGCAAUUAAAUACCUACAAGAGUAUUGUUAUAGUGCUAUUAUCUACAUCCACCAAAUAAUAAUAAUCUCGCUUCUACACCGAUUUACUGCGCGUUUAAAUAUUAUUAUUAUCAUUAUCAUUAUACCUAAUAUUACUACAAUUUAUUAUUACGUAAUACCUUGUGUGUUGUUAUAUAUUAUAUUAUAUUUUGUUAUCAUCGUCGAACUCGCUAUAUACCUACGUUGUAUGUUUCUCAUGCGUUUGUUGUUUUUUUCCGGACGACUGAUAAUUAUUUAUUUAUAUCGUAACUAUAAAAUACAGAAACAUAAUACAGUAGUUGCCAGUAUUCACUUAUUGGAUUCAUGGUUAAUUGACUCAUUCGAUCAUUGGACUCAAACAGGCUGGUCCAAAUUUUAUUUAUACCUACCCAUAUUAAUACAUAAGAUAAAAGCUCUCAAUACUCAAUUGGACUCGCACAGCACACAGUACACCGGUUAAUGGUGUCAUAGUGUAUUUUUAAGGGCAUAAUCCCACAAUUGUUAGUACAUUUUCUCAAUUUUCUCGUGUAUAUUUUUAUAAUUAAUAUUAUUUCCUCGAAUCAUCACACCACAAACGUACUAACGGGUUUGAAAAUAUUUUUUUUUUACAUAAUUUGAAGUCAAUGAAAAACAACAUUUUUGUAAAAAAAUAAAACUUUUUUCCUCUAUUAAUGACAGCAUGUCAACAUACAUACCCACCUACUAUGAAAUACAUAUAAUAACGAAUAUUUACAAGUACAUAAUAUUAUAGCCAAAUUUAAUACAACUUAUGAUGCAUAUUAAAGAAAUAUUUUUAUUCUUGGACCUUUCACGUUAUUGGCUCGUUCGGUUAAUAGAAUUACAUCCCAUGCUCUGGUCCCAAAGUGAGUCCAAUAAGUGGUGACUACUGUUUCGUAUAUUAUGUGACAUAAUAUUAUUGUUGUUUCACCUUAAAUGUCAUGUUUUUUUUUUCCUAUCUCGGCCAUCGCCGUCAUAAGAUAAUUGUAUAGUAGGGCUUUUAUUUGAAUAAUUAUUAUUAUAAUUGUACGGUUAUAGUUGUAUUGACAUUAGACACUUGAAGUUUUAUGCCAUCCGUCUAUAUAUUAUAAAUGUUGUCAUGUACUUGGGCAGUUUGCAAAUAUUAUUAUUAUUAUUAUUAUUAAUAUCAUAAUAUUGUUAAUACUUAAGACCACAUCAUGUGUAUAUAAUAAUAAUAUUAUGUAAUUAUUAACCUAUUUGUGACGAUAUGUUCCCAAAAUGUUAUACCUAUAAAAAAUAUUAUUGUUCACGUGAAUUGUUGACGCUCGUGCGUAUUGUUUUGUGCUGUGUAGAAAAGGUAUAAAAGGUAUAAAAUAUUAUAUAGGAAUAUACUUAUAUGUAUUAUACUUGUUUUGUGUUUUACGUGUUUAUAAGACAAGAGAAUAAAUUGAUUGAGAAUUGAGAUCAUAAAUUACUUUGUUCUUAAUGUUGUCGUCGUAAGUUUAGUGGUGUCGAAGUGUAUACUUAUUUCAUAUUUAAUUAUACUAUGUGAGUUGAUAGAU